AUGGGCCCCCGAAUUUCAUCUCCUGAUCAUUUAACAGAAUCAAAACGUGAAGAAGAAGAAUGCCCUACCCAUCUCUCUGAAGAAGACCCCAAGAUGCCCAACCUUAAACUUCUUGAGAAUCUUUCCCGCCAGGUUAAUAAUCUUUUAAAAUAUUCUAAAACUUGGAAAUGUUUAGAUCCCAAAUCCUAAUUGUAUUAUGCUGAACUCUUAGAACAAAAUAAUGCAGUCCACAAACUUCAAGGGACAGGUCUAAGGCUCUCCCAUUGUUCCCUUUGUGUCCCCAAACUGGAACCAAUUCCUGAGUGUCCCUCUCCGGCCUCUUGUGAGGGCUCAGCUUUUCAAAAGCCCCUUAAGAGUCACAGUCAGUGCAUGAGACAUCAUGCUACUCUAAACGGAGCACUGCAGUUUGCCACCAAACAGCUAAGCCGAGCACUGAGUAGAGCCAUUUCCAAACGUGGAUGUGUAAAUCAUUUCCCUGACUCUUGCAUUUCUUGUUUCUGGACAAAGGGAGUAAAAGAAACAGCCUGA